GUGGGAGGGAGAAGGAGAGAGUCCCGAAGAAAGGAGUGAAUGAGUGCUUGGAAAGCUGGGCUGCCCCGGGAAACGAAGCAGUGUUUCAAAACUUCUCCGCUUUUCGACUUCGGCUUGCUGUUCAGGCGGUAUCAUGACUAAAGGAAGCUGAUUUUGGUGCGCUGUCGCCAUUUGGGAUGUCUGAAGCCAAACAUUACCUCAAAGAGGAAGAAGGCAAAGAAGAGGUGAGAGAAGGGACAACAUCUGCUCUGAGAGGAUAAGAUCAGCAGCCCAUCUGGAUCUGCGCAGGGAACCUAACAGACCUUUCUCUUUCUAAGGAAGGGAACUGAAACUCUCCAAUAGCUUAAAGGGCUUCAAGAAUUUUUUUUAAAGUUUUUCAUCAUUUUACCUUCUCUGAGCUAAAGCCAUGUGCCAUGUUAUUGUAACAUGCCGUUCCAUGCUGUGGACCCUACUCAGCAUUGUAGUGGCCUUUGCUGAGCUCAUCGCAUUCAUGAGCCCGGAUUGGUUGCUGGGAUCGCCUCGGAAUGACACCAGCAGGACCAGGGCAGGAGUGGACUCAGAGUACCGGCCAUCUCUCGGCCUUUACAACCGCUGCCUUCGUAUUGGGACCUCGCAGGUGAACUGUGGGCCCUAUGCCACGACAUUUGGAGAAGUGGCCAGCGGUUUCUGGCAGGCUGCCAUGCUGUUUCUGGCAGCGGGGACAUUAGUGCUUGGGUGUGUGGCCUUUAUCUCCAUCUUCAGCCUGUGUUUUCAGAGCAUCCUGAAGAAGAGCAUAUUCAACAUCUGUGGACUGCUUCAGGCUGUUGCAGGCCUGUUACUGAUGGUCGGCCUCAUGCUGUACCCUGCUGGUUGGGGUUCAGAGAAGGUGAAGUUCUACUGUGGCUCCGAUGCGUUGCCGUUUCGACCAUUUAAUUGUUCACUUGGCUGGGCGUUCUACACAGCGAUAGGAGGAACGCUAGCAACCUUCUUGUGUGCCGUUCUGUCUGCACAGGCCGAGAUCGCUACUUCCAGCGAUAAAGUUCAGGAGGAGAUUGAGGAUGGGAAAAGUCUGAUCUGCCUGCUCUGAGCCUUUAGUAACCCCGGGAAGCUGCAGAAAUCACCCACGGUGGAAUUUCUCUGAUGUGGACUACAACUUCGUGGAGGGAGGACAGAUGUUUCUCAGUGGGGAUUCCCCCCCCCCCUCGUGAUAGUCUGGCGAAAAUCAGCUGAUUGUUGUAAACGGCCCUAAUAACGCCCCCCCCCCCCGGCCUACUUUUCUUUUAAAAAUUACUGUCUUGUGAUGGAGACUACCUGAUGAGCAGUUGAAAAGGGAAUAAAAUGCUUCCCCCCUUUUUUAGAAUUUCAGUUUAAAAAUCUACUUAUAUGCUUUUGAACAAGUUAUUUUUUAUUUUUGCUGGAAUAGCAGGAGGCUAGUGAAAUAAAUUGGAUUGGCAGUGGAUAGGUUUUUAGAUUUAACAUGUUAAACACGGCCAGAAAGCCAGUUUAUUUGUUUUAACCAUCAUUAUGUUCAUUCAUAGGGUUCGAUCACUAACCACUACUAGAUUCAUCAACUCACACACCCAGCAACGUUCUUGUACAAAUAUUUUAUUAUUUUAUUAAUAUAGCAUAAGGUUCUGUCACCUUUAACAAAAAUGGUUAGUAGUCUUGAGCUACUUUUUACUUUCUUACUAUGAGUAAAUUUCAGAGCCUGUACUUUUUUACUUUUACUCAAGCA